AUGGUUGCCAUAGAUGGAUCAAAAUUCAGUCUGUUUACCGGGGACCAACGGAAUUUCGAUUCAGUGCUAUGCCCGGCCAAUGAAAUACGUGUCGACUCGACAGGUAUCAUCCUAAGUCCCGGCUAUCCUGACAGCUACCCCAAUCUUCAGAUGUGUGCGUGGAGCAUUAGCGUGGAGAAGGGUUACAAUAUAACCUUAAUCUUUGAAUUUUUCCAUACUGAAAAGGAGUUUGACGUGCUGGAAGCUUUCGACGGACCAAACAGCCACUAUCCACUGCUGAUUUCCUUAAGUGGGGAUUAUUCGUCUACUUUUAACAUAACCAGCAGCGGACAUGAAGUUUUCUUAAGGUGGUCAGCGGAUCACGGCACCAACAAGAAAGGAUUCAGAAUACGAUACAUAGCUCAUUACUGCAGCACUCCUGAAUCUCCUCCACAUGGAUUCAUUGUCAGCCAGACAGGUGGGCAGCUGAACAGCAUGGUCCGCUGGGCUUGUGACCGAGGUUUUAGGCUCAUUGGAAAAGGCACUGCUGUCUGUAAAAAAACUCCAUAUGGAUAUUACACCUGGGAUGCUCCUGUGCCGGCUUGUCAAGCAAUAUCAUGUGGGGUUCCAAAGGCCCCUGUAUAUGGAGGCAUACUGGCAACUGAUUACUUAGUGGGUACAAGUGUCACUUAUUUUUGCAGCGACGGAUUUAAGUUAUCAUCUAAAGAGCUCACUACAGCUGUAUGCCAGCCAGAUGGCACAUGGAGUAAUCAUAACAAAACACCUCGCUGUGUAGUUGUAACUUGCCCCAGCAUCAAUUCUUUCACCUUGGAACAUGGAAGGUGGCGUAUUGUCAAUGGAUCCCACUAUGAAUACAAGACAAAAGUUGUCUUCAGCUGUGAUCCUGGCUACUUUCGUUUGGGACCUGCUUCUAUUCAGUGUCUUGCCAAUGGGACUUGGAGUUGGAGAAAUGAGCGACCUCACUGCCAAAUUACAUCCUGUGGAGAUCUCCCUGUACCACCAAAUGGGCAAAAAAUUGGAACUCAGACAACAUUUGGCUCCACAGCAAUAUUUACAUGUGACACCAGUUACAUGUUAGUUGGGUCAGUUGUGCGAGAAUGCCUAUCUUCUGGACUUUGGAGUGGGACAGAGACUAGGUGCUUAGCUGGUCACUGUGGAACACCAGAAUUAAUCGUGAAUGGUCAGGUCAUUGGAGAGAACUAUGGGUACCGAGACACUGUUGUUUAUCAAUGCAGCCCUGGUUUUCGCUUGAUUGGGUCAUCAGUGCGAAUUUGCCAACAGGAUCACAACUGGUCAGGGCAGUUGCCUUCUUGUGUGUCUGUUAGCUGUGGUCACCCUGGCAGUCCAAUUUAUGGACGAACAAGUGGCAGUGGCUUUAAUUACAAUGAUGUUGUAACAUUCUCCUGCAACAUGGGAUAUGUCAUGCAAGGUCCAACUCGGGCACAGUGCCAAGCCAACCGGCAAUGGAGUCAUCCUCCUCCUAUUUGUAAAGUGGUCAACUGUACCGAUCCUGGAAUCCCAGAGAACUCUAUCCGGGAAAGUAAAAUAGAGCACGGUAACUUCACCUAUGGGACAGUGGUGUUCUAUGACUGCAGCCCAGGAUACUAUAUAUUUGGAUCUUCUGUCCUUGUUUGUCAGCCAAAUGGACAAUGGGACAAGUCACUGCCAGAAUGCAUAAUGAUUGACUGUGGUCAUCCCGGAGUUCCUCCAAACGCAAUUAUUUCUGGGGAAAAGUUUACAUUUGGAUCUACUGUCCAUUAUUCCUGCACUGGAAGGAGAACCCUAUUAGGGCAUUCUACAAGGACCUGUCAGUUAAAUGGGCAAUGGAGUGGAUCGUUACCUCACUGUUCAGGUGAUGCUUCGGGGUGGUGUGGAGAUCCAGGUGUACCUACGCAUGGGUCUAGAGAAGGUGUAGAAUUCCGAACAAAGAGCAUAAUGCGAUUCAGCUGUGAUGUUGGAUACAUACUUCAUGGUUCUGAAGAUAGGACAUGUUUGAGCAAUGGAUCAUGGACUGGAAGACAACCAGAAUGUAAAGCUGUACAAUGUGGGAAUCCAGGAACAACAGCAAAUGGAAGGGUGUUUCGAAUCGAUGGGACAACAUUCUCUAGCUCAGUAAUGUAUUCCUGCGUGGAUGGCUACAUUCUCUCUGGCACAAGCAUCAGGCAAUGUACAGCUAAUAGCACGUGGUCAGGGAGCCUACCCAACUGCACAAUUAUCAGCUGUGGAGAUCCGGGUGUUCCAGCGAAUGGUCUGCGAUAUGGAGAAGACUAUAUUGUUGGGCAGAAUGUUACCUACAUUUGUCAGCCUGGAUACACAAUGGAUCCCAAGAGCUCAAUUACACGCACCUGUACAAGUAAUGGAACUUGGAGUGGUGUUAUCCCAGUUUGUAAAGCUGUUACGUGCCUGAAUCCCCCUCAAGUUUCCAACGGGAGGCUGGAAGGAACGAACUUUGAUUGGGCAUUUAGCAUCAGUUACGCCUGCUUUCCGGGUUAUGAAUUGUCCUUCCCUGCAGUGCUAACCUGUGUUGGCAACGGAACGUGGAGUGGAGAGGUUCCGCAGUGCUUACCUAAAUUUUGUGGUGAUCCUGGGAUACCAUCAAACAGCAAACGAGAGGGCAAAAGCUUCAUUUACCAAUCAGAAGUGUCUUUUGUAUGCAGUCCACCCCACGUCUUGGUUGGUUCUGGAACUAGGAUAUGCCAAGCAGAUGGAACUUGGAGUGGCUCUCCCCCACGAUGUAUAGAGCCCACAUGGACAUCUUGUGACAACCCAGGCACGCCUCGUCAUGGAUUCCAAAAUAACACAUAUGGCUAUCAGGUGGGAAGAGUUGUUCAGUUCUCUUGCAAGAAAGGCUACCUAUUGCAUGGAUCCACCAGCCGUACAUGUCUUCCUGAUCUCACCUGGAGCGGCAUGCCCACUGAGUGCAUUCCCCACAGCUGCAAGCAGCCAGAGUCUCCAUUACAUUCAAAUGUGGUUGGAAUAGAUCUUCCGUCACUGGGUUAUACAUUAAUUUACACUUGCCAGCCAGGAUAUCUUCUCUCAGGAGGCACCGAGCACAGAAUAUGCCAGCCAGAUAACACAUGGAGCGGAAAAGUUCCCGUUUGCACAGCUGGUUCUAAACCAUUUGAAAAUAAAACCAAACCGGUUAUGGGAACUCCAAGUCCAAAGUUAAAUGUUCCAGAUGAUGUCUUUUCACGUAAUUAUGUAUGGAAAGGCUUUUACAACUUGAAGGGAAAGAAUCAGCCAAUGAAUUUGACAGUAAACAACUACAAUGUAUCAACAGGAAGGGUAAACGCAACACUUAUCAACAGCAACACCGAGUUUCUUCUUUCAGGGGUUUACAAAAGCCAAGAAGCACGAUUGAUACUGCACAUCAAUUCCGUAAAAACAUCCUCUCACACCUCCCUGAGCAAAUUGAAAGAUGAGAAAUGGGCAAUGGAUGGAUUUGUAUCAGCUGAGCCUGAUGGAGCUACAUAUGUUUUUCAAGGUUCCAUUCAUGGGAAAGAUUAUGGACAAUUUGGACUGAGAAGUAUAGGCAAGUAUUUCAAAAGUCUCAAUUUAGUACUAUGGCAUUAG